CACGGAUAUUUCUCCAGCUUUGUGUUUCGAUUUCGAGAAUGGCGGCCUUCCGGAAAAGCCUGGCUAGGCGAUUCGCUUCCCUCUUGCUGCCUACCGCCGCCGAUGGCGGAGUCGGUCGUCCCUGCGGAUUUCUCUUUCUUCAGAAGCGGCCCCUUUUCCAGCGGGCGCUGCCGCCCGACCGCCAAUUGAUGCUGCUGGCGGCCGACCGGAUAAGCGAGCGGGUUCGCAGCCUGAACCCUUGCAGGAUCUGCCUCGACGUGAUCCUGCCGCCGGCGCGGUCUGAAGCGCCGGUAUCGAGGGAGGAGGGGGAGGUUUUGGUGGAGAAGAAGAGGGUGUCUUUGGUGGAGGUGAGGAAAUUGGCGAGGGCUUCGCUGGUGGCGGUGGUGCGGGCGCGUCUGGCAACCGUCGAGAAGAGUUGCAUCGCUUACUCCGAGUUUGUACGUAUCUGCUGCGAGGCGUCUAAUAGCGAGCAGGGUUUGGAAAUCGCCCGAUCGCUCGACGAAUCCGGAGUUGUUGUAGUGCUUGGAAACGUGGUUUUCCUGAGGCCUGAAGAGGUGGCAAAAACAAUUGAGAAGUUGAUCCCAUUGUCAUCGAGCCAUGAGAGUUAUCACACGAGAGAAGAAUUGAAGAUGCUGGAAGAGAAGAAAUCUGAGAUUGAUAAACAAGCAGCAGCUCAAGUCAGGAAGGAGUUGUGGCUUGGGCUGGGGUUCAUGGUGGUGCAAACAGCUGCGCUGAUGAGAGUGACUUUCUGGGAGCUUUCAUGGGAUGUGAUGGAGCCAAUCUGCUUCUACCUCACCUCUGUCUACUUCUUGUCGGGCUAUGCAUUCUUCCUCAGGACGUCCAAGGAACCAUCCUUUGAGAGCUUCUUUGCCAGCCGCUUUGCCACAAAACAAAGGCGUCUCAUGAAAGUACAAAAUUUUGAUUUGACUCGCUUCAACGAACUUAGCCAAGCAUUCUCUCCCUCUCUACCACCACCCCCUUAUUCAAAGUUUGCUUCUGCUUCCUGCCAUUGUGAUAGGGAUGACUAAUCAUUAGUUGGUUCAUCACAUUUAUGAAGUUCAAUAUUUUUAGUUAUGGUAAACAUGUUACACUAAACCAAGGAAAGUUGUUCCUGAGCUACCAAUUUUGCGGCAUACCAACAAGAGAAAAUCAUAUAUCUUCGAAUUCA